AUGAACGCAGCAGAGCUCAAGAACUUCCUUGCGGACUCACCUCCAAGCGCAGUUACCCUAGAGAUAAAACCCCAUUUUGAGGCCUUGUCGGACAAACAGGCUCGUUAUGCCCACUUUAUCAGCAGAGCUGCCUUUACUGGUACCCGUAUCACUCUCCGCCAGGUGUCGCCGGAAUCUGAAAGCAUCUUUGACUUCAUAAUCGAGCUCUACAAGUCCUCGAACGGCGACUGGAAGGCCAUUCAACAGAAAGCCGGUAUUAACGAUGAAGACUUGCAGUUCUUCUUGCAAUAUGCUACACAAUUCUUGGGUAAUUGUGGCAAUUACAAAGGCUUCGGAGAUUCCAAGUUUGUGCCGAGAUGUGAGGAGAGGGUGUUCGAUGCGUUAGCCGCUAUCUCUCCAAAGGCAUCCAGCCAUUACAAGGCUACCAAUGGUGCAAUUUUCUCCAACAAUAACUCAGGAAUCAUGCACCUAGGAUUUCCUGACGAGGGGCAUAUGACAACGUACUAUCCCGAUUCUAAGGGCAUUACAAAGGCGGAUAUCAAUGCUGUUUCUGAGUUCUUAGAAAAGAAGGGACUCCUUCCGGAAAACACUCGACUUAGAAAAUAUGCCGACGGCAACUUUGACCUACUGAUUGCAUCUGCAGUUACAGAAGUCCCACCGGAAGGCGGUGAUAUUGGAAAAGAGACCGAAUUCGAGAUCGACACAGGUUCAUUGAAGGGUCAUAAAUUGAAGCUAGUCUAUGGUGACUACUCUAAGGAGAUGGGUAUUAUCGCAGGCUAUCACAAGAAGGCUGCUGAAAAUGCCGAAAACGACAAUCAAAAUAAAAUGCAAUUGGCGUAUGCAGAGAGUUUUCAAACCGGCUCUCUCAAGGCAUUCAAAGACGCCCAAAGAUACUGGAUCCGUGAUAAGGGCCCAAUGGUUGAGUCAAAUAUCGGCUUCGUUGAGACAUAUAGGGAUCCGCAGGGUGUCAAGGGCGAAUGGGAAGGUUUCGCCGCCAUGGUCAAUCUCGAGCGUACCCGCGCGUUUGGAUCGCUCGUUGAUGCUGCCGAAAGUAUGAUCCCAAAGCUUCCAUGGUCUACGGACUUCGAGAAAGACAAGUUCUUGAGCCCUGAUUUCACCAGCUUGGAGGUUUUGUCAUUCGCGGGCUCUGGUAUCCCUGCUGGGAUUAACAUUCCAAAUUACGACGAUAUUCGACAAUCCGAGGGGUUCAAGAACGUAUCUCUAGGAAACGUCCUCAGUGCCAAGGCACCAAAUGAGAAGAUUCCCUUCAUCGCUGAUGCAGAUCUUCCAAUUUAUCAAAAGUACCGCGAUGCUGCCUUCGAAGUGCAGGUUGGCAUUCACGAACUUCUCGGCCACGGGACCGGAAAACUUCUUCAGGAGACGUCCAAAGGAAAAUACAACUUCGAUACAGCUUCGCCUCCAAUUAGUCCUGUCACCAACAAGCCAGUAACUACUUGGUACAAACCAGGCCAAACCUGGGGCUCUGUGUUCGGAACUGUUGCUUCCAGUUAUGAGGAAUGCAGAGCCGAAUGCGUAGCCAUGGCGUUGAGUUGUGAUUUCGAGAUCUUGAAGAUAUUCGGCUUCGGAGAUGGAACAACUAACAUGGAUGGAGAGGCUGGAGACGUCCUUUACGCUGCAUACCUAUCCAUGGCCCGAGCGGGAAUUGCAUCUCUCGAGAUGUGGGAUCCAAAAAGCCGCAAAUGGGGUCAAGCACAUUCUCAAGCGCGCUUCAGUAUCUUGAAGUGCUUCUUAGAAUCGUCAGAACCGUUCUGCAAACUGGAUUACAAGAACGACGAUCUUUCGGACUUGACAAUCAAGCUUGAUCGCAGCAAGAUUCUAACCGCUGGACGCAAGGCAGUUGAGGCUUAUCUUCAGAAGUUGCAUAUCUACAAGUCGACUGCUGAUGUGGAGACGGGAACCAAGUUCUACAAUGAUAUGACCCACGUAGAACCCGAAUUCUGGGGCGAGAAGAUUAGAAAUGAGGUUCUUAGGAAUAAGCAGCCAAGAAAGGUGUUCGUCCAGGCAAAUACCGUCCUCGACGAGGCGACUGGCAAAGUUUCUCUGGUAGAAUAUGAGCCAUCCUUGGAGGGCAUGAUCAAGAGCUAUGCCGAGAGGGCUAUUUGA